CAAAGUGCAGGAGGUGGAUGUUUAUCUUUGCUGUAUGGAAAUUGAAUUUCCAGCGUUGGAGAUAGUGACUUGCGUCCUAACUCAGCAUUCGGUCGAUUUGCAACCAAUUCUGGCGCGAUGGAAACAAGUUAACGGCUGGACUUGUAAAUGCUGCAUUUGAAACGCUUCCUCACCAUCAUUACUAGAAGAUGCUGUACACGACUCUUCGACUUCUGGACCCUAGCUAGCCUGACACCGAUUCUGAGACCGAUAUCUCCCUAUUGGACUGCCUUUCUCACGUUGACCUUCGCGUUGUUUAGGGACAUUCUUGCAUUUGCGCUGGCCCAAGUGUCCAAUUGGCACCUCUCACUCACCUCACUCACCUCAUGUCCUCCGUCGUCCGCGAUAUCUACCUUGUCAUUGGAGGCAGUGGCUUCCUUGGCAGACACAUUGUCGAAGCUUUGCUGGCAAGAGGCGACGUGGUCUAUGUGUUCGACGUUGUACAGAGGUACCACGACGUCCCGUUCUUCUCAGGAGACGUCAGUGAGGAGGACCAGGUUUCGGAUGCGUUACGAAAAGUUCGUGGGUUCCUCCGGUCUGAGAGUAGUCGCAAACGUCUGACCUCAUUUUCACAGUGUGGCGCAACGUGCAUCAUUCAUACUGCCUCACCACCCGCCGGCUUGCCGACCCCUGCUCUGUACUGGAAGGUAAAUGUCGACGGUACUAGUGCCGUAAUCCGUGCAGCACAGGCUGCUGGUGUACGGAAACUAGUGUACACGAGCUCUGCAGGCGUGGUAUUCAACGGAGAGGAUCUCAUCAAUGUAGACGAACGACGGCCGUUCCCGGAGAAACCCAUGGAUGCAUACAACGAGACGAAGGUGAAAGCUGAAACCCUAGUUCUGCAGGCCAAUGGACAAAACGGUCUGCUAACCGUUGCUUUGCGACCUGCAGGGAUUUUUGGACCUGGCGAUCGACUCAUGAUUAAAAGUCUGCGCGAUGUCUACGAUUCCAACCGAACUCACUUUCAAGUCGGUGACAACACGAAUCGGUUUGACUACACUUACGUUGGCAACGUCGCUCAUGCUCAUCUCCUGGCGGCCGAUAAGCUCAACGAAGAACCUCCGUCUGAAGCUGAAUUAAGACGGCGCCGAGAGUAUGUAUCUUCGAUAUCGCUUCCCCCUCUUCCGGUCACCAUGAUCAAUCAUGAUGUCCUGGGUGUCGAACAGCCGACCACGGACAAUCCGGCCGACAACCCUACCAAACGUAGUAGCUUUGACCAAUUCUCCGAGAUCGCCCUUGAUCGGGGAGAGGCUCCCUUGACCGUUGCAGGUCAAGCGUUCUUCAUUACGAAUGGAGAACCGCUUUGUUUCUGGGACCUACCCCGGCUUGUAUGGUCACGCCUAGAUGAUCUGACAGGCGAACAACGGACAAAGAAGAGAAGAAUUGUUUUGUCUAGGACUGUUGGAUUGGUGUUGGCUUUCGUUGCAGAGUGGUGGUGUUGGCUUAUCGGGAAAGAGCCCACAUUCACGCGCUUUCGUAUCACGUUUAGUUGUGCCAACCGAUGGCAUAACAUCGAUAAGGCACGACUGUUGUUGGGCUACGAACCAAUCGUUGGCAUGCGGGAGGGAUUGGAUCGGAUGUGGGAUUGGUAUGUUUCUGAACAGCAGAAUCCCUCUGCUUAAAGAACAACACUUUUGAUAGAGGUUCUGUAAUUCUCUGGAUAUUUUCACCGAUACGUCGUGAAGAUUGAUUUCACUGUCUUCUUCAUGAUUCUUACCUACGGGUCUAUUAUUAGGUGACCAGCUAUUGAUACGUGAAGAUAUUAUUGACGCUGCCCUUUCAGUAUCUCCUUAAGGGGGGCGGAAACAACGUAACAAUCCCUGUCACGAUGGGGUGAAUGAAUCGGCCUGUGCAUGCGGACAAUCUGUCUUCGAAUGUUUCGAUGCGACUGCUCGGAAUCCUGGUUAGAGCCCAAAGGGUUGUCCGAACUGAUUGUUUUAUCAACACACAGACACCACGAUGCCUGGCAUGAGGAAUACGUUUGAAGAAGUUGCGCCUUUCCUCUAUAGAAAGUCCCAACAAACUGUGAUACAUCACGGGGCUGUCCGUGAUAGAGAAGCUUCGACUUGAACUUGGUGAACCUUGUGGCCGAACCUGAGUCAAAAUGCGGACGCUGAGACGGCCCUGUAGGGUCACGGCCCGUACAGAGUCCCAAUCAAGCUGAAAUAGAAUCAGUGAAGAUUUGCGAAGCUUCACAGAUGCAGGGAAGCUGUCGCGUUAGCAUAUGUAAAUUAUUGCUGUUCGCAGGAAAGUUGGCGCGGGCGGCUUUCGCGCGUUUUGAGGCGCGUUCGAACGCGAAACUUCUGAGCCCGUUUUCUCGACAACGCCUGCACGUAAGAUAGAAGUUGUAUAUAUAUUCUGAAUCGUAGAGACGAGGGCUAGUGCGCCCCAUACUUUAUAUACAAUUUUGUCCAACGUG